AUGAAGACUAGACAAGUCACCAAGUGGAAGCGUUGGACCUCUAUCUGGUGUGAUCUACGUGAGAAAGUUCGUAUGGCUACAUUAUCUAGGAGACGAUUAUUCGAUCUUCGUCCGGGUCAGAAGGUCCUACUCUGGACAAGGAAGCCUGGAAAGUUCAUUGGUUGGAGCUGGGAGGGUCCCUAUCCGGUUGUUGAGACACGCGGAAGUGUCACCACUAUUCGUCGCAACGAUGUAGAUUUCAAGGCUGCAACUACUAACCUGAAGCCCUUCCACGCGUAUGAUGAUGGCGAUGAUGAUGUAUGUCCUGACGAUGUCGUGGAAGAGCCCCCUCAACCUGAUGCGAACGAUAGUCCCGGAGCUGACUCUCCACAGACUACUACAAGUCCUGCAAAUGCUCCUACUGGUGAUAUAGAGGAGCAUACCUCCCAAUUAGAUCAACAACCCGACGAUGACAGGAUCUUUGAGAUUGGUUCGAUAAGGGUAUUUGUGGAUCCCGGUCAUCGCUACUUCCCCUACACCUCAAUUGCAGGUUACAUCGUUAACUGCGACGAGAAUGCUGUUACUAUUAUCCCUUUUGUUGACCCUACUAACCGUAUGAUUGAAGCUGACCGAUUAGUUGACGAACCUGCAGUUCUGAGUAGUGAGACGAUGGAUAUUCCAAGAACGACUCUACGCGAUAUCGUCUGCCUCAAGUAUAGAGUACCUCCUACUCGUAAUAUGCUUCGUCAACUCCGUCUAGCGGCGGCGGCAGUGUAG